AUGAAGGAGCAUGCAUCUCCUAUAACACCUCCUAUUGCAGAUCCAUCAACAAUUCUUACAACCCAGGAAAAUCUAAUGCCUCAAUUUCACUCAUCAGUUAACCCAUCGAUUGGUUUACACUUCGCUAGUUCAAGCAAUGUAGAAGAGACAUUGAGUGCCACACCUGACUCAAGUGAGGUUGAAAGUUUGUCUACACCCACCGUUCCAACUACUGUUGAAUCCACAGAUGAUGAUCAUGAGUUUCUACAACAAAAAAAUGGUGUAAUUUCAACUUAUCAUGUUGAAGAUGAAAUCCAUGUGGAUGAUUUCAUUAAAGAGGUUAGUCAUUCUGUGUACUUUAAUGAGGCUGAGUGCGAUGUGAAGUGUUCGUGCGGAUUGUUUGAGACGAGGGGUAUAUUGUGUAGACAUGUAUUUGCCACUCUGAAGGUUAAUCGAGUUCGUACGUUGCCCGAUAAGUACAUAUUGGACCGGUGGAGAAAAGAUAUAAAAAGAAAGUAUACUCUGAUAAGUAGUAGUUAUGAUGUUACUGAUGUGAGGCCAGAUGUGAGUAGAUAUUCACGUAUAAUGAAGAUAUGUGGUGACGUUGCAAGUAAUGCAGCUUCAUGUGAUGUACAUGCUCAAGAUAUGAUUGACAAAUUGCAUGCAAUGAACAAGGGCUAUCUCACCAACAAGUCGUCAAUCCAAACUUGUUCAAACGUUGGAAUUCCAACAGUAGAUACAACUACAGGUACGAGUUCGACUCAAGUAAAAAGUCCCCAUGUUGUGAGAGGCAAAGGCAGACCACCAUCUCUGAGAAGAGCUCCCUUGAUGGAGAAAGUGUGCAAACCCAAAACGAAAAAUGCAACACAAAAAGGAAAAGGAAAACAGGUAAUUAAUCCUUAA